CGACUCGAGAGCGAUCGGAAGCUGGCUUCAAUGGCGGAGAUCGGCGUAGCUGCAGAAUCGCCAUAAAAACACGCGUGUUAGUCGUUGCUCUACGCUAAAAACCCUUUCGAGCAUGCCGAACGCACAAGGUUUGACGACGAGAAAGUUAGUUCCCUCGGCUGUUCGGUGACCGACGCCCGCAAGGAUGAAGCCCGUGACGGUGUCUUCGUCUCCGAUCACAGCAAUGAGUUUGGUGCCAUCGCUCAUUCUGAUCUGUAGCUGGCGUUAAGAAGACGACAAAGAGGUGACGAAGCGAAGCGAUCCCUCACUUCAAAGCUAGGGAAGAUUGCGAUUUGAGCCAUUUAGCAUUUUAGUCCACGCAAAAAUAGAUCGACACAAAAAACGACCAGAGCCUUUUUUGAAAGUCGGUCGUCGAUGUUGGCCUCGCCUGGAACGACUUCCUCUGCGUCGACACAACGCCAACUGCAGGGCCUCGUGACGCGCCGCUCAACCACCGCAGAGCCCAAGAAUGCGGCGCAGUACUUCGGCCACGUGGCCGACGUCGUACGCGCCAAUGAGGACCUCACCAAGUUGCGGUACGUGCUGGUCUCCUCACCCACAAGUUGUGACACAAUUCGCGCCUUUAACUUUCUACAUUUGAUACUUCUGCAGCACAUACAGCCUUAAGCGACGCGCCAAGGUCGCGUACAAGGGCUACGAGGCCGUGUUGAGCCGCAAGAAGCGCACGACUGUCGGCAAUAGCGUUAAGCCCUCUGCAGCCAACAAUAUGUAUGUCUCGCGACCCGCGCCGCCUCCUCCAACGUUCAACCCGGCGGCGGUGCUGCAGUUGCAGGCCAUGCUACCCAGAGCCCAGCCAGUAGCAGUAAAACCAGCCCCAAAACUUGCAGCGGCGUCGACUGUGUCGUCUGUGAUCCCGUCCACGACGCUAUCCACACCGACAGUGACCAGUUCUGCGGCAUCGGCAACGCCUGGACACAUGACGCCGGCGCAGAUUCAACUGCAUCAACAGCAGAUGAAGAAUGCACAACUGCAGCAACAAGUGCCGAAAAGAUCGGACUUUGUUAUAGGCACGACAGUGCUCAUCCGGAAUACUGCUGAUCUGGUCGCGUGUGGAGCACGAAAUCUGGCAGGCAAGAGAGGACGCAUUGUUGCAGCUCCACAGAUCUACGGGCAGGAGCUUUUCUCGGUCUACAUUGAUGAACAUGAGGCGCUAUUCCAGGUCCCGUUCAACGCGUUGACGCUUGUUGCCCGCCCAACGCCCACCCAGCAACAACAGACAAAUACUAUGCAGUCGCAGCUUGCUGCCGGAGGAGGGCGACUUGCUCCGAACCAGAUGCAACGUCCUCAAAACGGCAAUGCAAGUGGAUCAAAAUCGGCCGAGCAGAUCAAGAUGGAGCACUCUUUCCAACUUCACCGCCUCAUGCAGCAACAAUACCGAGAGAUCCAAGUCUUGCAACAGCGAUAUGCGGAGUGCAGAUUCUCGAACCCCACUGCGUUGUCAGGCAUUCAGAAGGAACUGUCCAAGCUGCGACUGGUGCACCUCUCACAGGUGCAAACUCUCAAGAGCAAGCAGGCGCUAGAUAUGAUCGGCAAGUAGGUAGUGACGAAGGAACAUCGAGACGUUUUUUUGUGUUUGCUUUUAUUUUCUUAAGUUCUCGUGUGCUACCCAUGUUAAAACAUCGUUAUUCUUAA